AUGUCUGCAACACGGUUUCUACGCAAGCUAUCGCUGCGCAACAGCAGCCCCCAACGAGCAGCGUACAUCGCUGCGCUGGGGCUGGUCGGUAUCCAAGUCGGCAUCGGCGUUAUCAUGAAGACUGCGCAGAGCGGUGGUUCAUAUGCUUUCUCACCAUCGGGGUCAAUCACCAUCUCCGAGUUUCUCAAAUUGAUUUUGUCAUCGAUAUUCUUCUACCGCGAGUGUAAGACCAGAGCGCAGACGGGCGUUGGGCCUUCGACGAGAGGGUCGGAUACGGCGUAUGCGAGCCUCGCGGAUGAGCAUCGGGAUCUGGAGAUUCAGGAUAAAGAUGGCGACGCUGCGCUAGACUCGGAGGAUGAGGGGUCAAGAGAUUCGGGGCAUUCUGCGGCGCCGUUGCCUUUUGGGCUGCGGACGUUUUGGGGGUAUGUUCGUGGUGAGGUUAGGAAUGAUGUGCGCUUUGGGUUCUAUAACCUGGCGCUGAUUUACAUUCUUAUCAAUAAUUCGCUCUUCUUGAGUUACAAGAUGGCAGAUCCAGGCACCAUCCAAUUGACGAAAAGCGGCGUCACGCUCAUCACAGCCUUGGUCAUGAUUGCGACUCUCAAUCAGCAGGUGUCCAAGACACAAUGGAUGGCAAUCGCCAUGCAGCUCAGUGGUCUAAUCGUCACCCAAUAUCAGCCCGGCAAGGGCGCCCUCUACCCUCUCGACACAUACGCCCUUCUUCUUUUCCAGGUCUUUCUCAGCGCUUCGUCGGGCGUCUACAAUCAAGUCCUUCUGAAGGCAGACGACUCCAGCCUGCACGCCAACAACAUGAUCUUGUACGCCUCUGGCACAAUUGUCAACUUCUGUUGUCACAUCACCAUCAAGUGCGUAAGCUCCAACGAGCCGAGCUUUUUCGAGGGAUACGGAAGCAUCCACGCCUUCUUGGUCAUCAUGAGCAAUGUUUUCAUCGGCCUCGCAAUUACUGCCGUGUAUAAGUAUGCCGACGCUCUUGUCAAGUGUUUCGCGACCGCAUUCUCGACCGGAAUAUUGCUCUACCUCGCACCUCUCAUCUCAGACACAUCCCUCAGCUUCCUCGUCGUCCCGGGAACAUUCAUCAUCUUUGUCGCUACCUGGCUCUACAUGGAGAACCCCGUUCCAAAGCCCACCACCACAAAAUCUGAUACGGAUACCAAGACAGGCUUCUUUUCCAAACUUGGUGCCGUUGUUCAGAACAAGAGGAUAUUGUUCAUCUUCAUAAACACUCUCAUCACGGUCAUGGCAGUGAUGGCUCUGGCGAUGUACCAAGUGGCCAUGCCCACCAAGUCUAUAGCCACUGCACCUGUUGAAGCAAGCACGGUCGCGGUGGCAACAGCACCAGACGCCGACGCUCCCAAGAUCGUCACAUCGCCUUUCAAAAACACCAUGGCCUUCAUCAGAUGGAACUCCGUUCACCCAGAGCGCAUACCGACUCUCAUGAAGUACAAGCCCUUCUUCCGCGACAUUCACAUCUCAAUGCCCGAUAUGAUGAAGGAUGAAGGACGCAAGCCAGAGUAUCACAACAUCACCCAUGACCAGAGCACCCUCACCUUCCACAUCUAUCAGCAAGUCGCCGACACAAUGCAGUUGAUCCUCGACCAAGAGCCUGAAAUUGAUGGGCUCUUUUAUUAUCACUUCGACGCCUGGAUCGAUCCUCUGGCCUGGGGCGGUAUCGAUCGCAACAAGAUCUACUUCCCCAUGACAUGGCCUGAGAUGAAGCCCGUAGGACCCCAGUUCUCUUGCAUGAACGACACCAAGGGCUAUGACUGGGGUGGAUGGGGCGGUCCUCACUACCAUCUCAAAGCUCAGCUUGCUAGCGCUCAGCUGGAUCAUUUGGAUCUAGGUUUCAAAAUCGACAUCAAUGAGUUUUGUGUCGGCUGGAGUGACAUCUACUUCAUCCCCCGCAAGUUCUUCAAGGACUACAUCAUCGCAGCACCAAUCUUCAAGUCAUUCGAUGUCUUCCACGAAGUAGGCAUCCCAACAAUGCUGCACAUUAUCGAGCAAAGCCAUCGCGAGUCGCCCUACGUGCCGGCGAUGGAGUUGUUCUCGGACUGCUGGGGCUACUGCUGCAAGGAUAACCCUAGCAUCUACGAUGUCACAACCUACCGAUGCGGUCAUCGUCUUGAUUACCGUAAUGAACAAGUGACGGGGGCUUUUUACGAAAAGCUCGAUGCUGAGGCCAAGUACCUUGGACAGCCUAUGAAUGGGUCGCAUGUGGCGAACCUUACUGAGAUGUUUCCGCCAAUAAAGGAGGAAGAUAAAGCGAAAUUGCCAGCGACGAGGAGGAGAAGAUAG